AUGGAAGGUGUGGAAAGUGCAUAUGACGACAAUAACAAACACGUGCAGAUUCUAAGCCCUUUCAACGAGAAUGCACAAUCGUAUGCUAUAAUUGGGCAUGUUUCACAGGCGGAUUAUGUUAAACCAAACCCACAACGUGUUUCUAUGAAAAACAAGCCAAAUAUGUUAAUGUGUAACGUAAGUGGAGAUAUAUGUAAUCAAAAUGUAGUAGAAGGCUCAAAUAAACAUAGCACAUGCAUUGGAGAAAGCCCCUGGUUAUCAAUUGAAAACCGUCUAAAUAAUAUACGAUCUGUAACACAACAAACUGUUUUACACCCAGAUCCUGAGCCAAACAAUGGAGUUAAAAGUAUUUAUUCAAACUACAAUACUGAAUAUAUCAAUGAUUAUUCGUGGAAGGUUGAAACGAACCAGAAGCUAUCUAGCUCAAUUUUAAAACAGCAUGCUAAAUUUGAAGGAACGACAGGCGAUGUAGCGCCAAGAAGACGUGCAUUUAAAAGUUUGGUGGAAAUGGCUGAUAGUUUAGGCUCAAUGGAACCUAAUGACCAAACGAACAUGAUAAAACUUCUUUUAUCAUGUAGAAAAUUGGAAAAAUUGAUUGAAGAACAGCAAAACGUUUUGAAUUUGUUGAAUCAUGAUCUAAAAGAAGCAAAUGAACUGUUGAAGAUUCCUCCAGAAUUAAGAAACACUGUUAAUAUUGGGCCCGUUCCUUCAACAAAACCACUUUACCCUACUAGUGAGGCUCCAGCUUUUAUCAAAGGAAGAAUAUCUCUUUUGCCGGAAAGAUAUGCGACGAACAAAACAGCGGGUGUAUUGAAACCAUCAUUUUCUAAUCUAGUGGCAAUGAGUCAAAAUAAUGGAAUUACCCAGGGGGCCAAGUGA